AGCCCGAGAGCGUGACGUCACCAGCCACAGAGCUGCUGGGCGCUGUACAAACUGACCAAUAGCUGAUUGAGCUGGAGAGGCUGGCUGCACGGAUUGACCAAUAACUACCCAGAAAGGAAUUUCGAUGACCCUCUAUUGGGUGAGGAUAGCGAGCCACGCCCAUAUGACUGGAGCCUGGCUUCCGUGUUGUGCUGCUGGAAGCUGAAGAAUCCCGAGGCGUGCGGGUUGCGAGGGGCAACGCUAGACAGGUGACCUUCCAGCAUGAUGCUGUCCCUCGGUAUCCACAUGCCAGCCCUGGCUUACUCCAUGACCACAUUAGGCGCUGGAAUGAUGAACAGCAUAUUUAACUUCUAUUACGUCAAGCUAUUUCUUAACCAGUAUAAAAUCUCAGAGGGAUCCUUUAAUCAAGCACAGGUUGUGUUCAUGAUCUGGAACGCCCUCAAUGACCCCUUAUUUGGCUACUUACAAGAUAACUCCAAAGUGGAGUUCUGCUCCAUCCGUCGCCAUUCCAUAUUGUAUGGAGCCCCGUUUUAUGCCCUGGCCUUCUUGCUUCCGUGGUUUCCCUGGAAGGAUUACUCGGAGGGUGAAUGGAUUAGUGGCAUCCAUCUCAUGGUGGCACUUUGUGUUUUUGAUGGCAUGCUUACCUUUGUUCUGCUUGCCCAAUGUGCCCUGUUUGCCGAGAUUUCAACCAAACACGAAAGCCGCCUUCAGCUCAUUAAGUAUAAUCAAGUAGCUUCAUUACUGGGCUCAUCAAGCAUCCUUUUCUGUGGACUUGUGUCUGACAACAUGGAAAACUUCCCCAGCUUUCAGACAUUCGUUGUGUUUGUGGCGGUCCUGUCCACUGCGUGCAUGUGUUACACCGGAGUGUUUAGCGUCAGCCAGUAUGAGCAGCAGGAAAAGUCUCUGGAGAGCACCAGUCGGCCAGAGGCUGCUCUCUCUUGGGCCUCUGUGCUGACACUCACUAAACAGAUCCUUACUCAGAGGAACUUCCUGCUUUUUGUGUCUAUGAACUUCUUCCAAGUCUUCCAUGCCACUUUCUGCAGCAACUUCAUGAUGAUUUUUGCUGACAACCUCAUCCCCAAAGAUGCACUCCCUUCCUUUGUGAGGAGCAUCAUGUAUGGAGCUGGCUUUAUUUUUCCUCAGUUGCUUGUCCUGUUAAGUCACUCUUUAUUGUUGAGAAUCGGGUACUACAAGGUAAUCUUGUAUGGAUUCUACAUAGAAGCUGUGUCCGCAGUUCUGAUGAUAUUAAUAGGGCCCCAGCAUUACUAUGUCCUGGCUGUGUUCCUCAUCACUAACAUGGUUUUAGUGUAUGCCUCAUUCAGCUUAUUUAAUCUGCCAUUGGCUGAUAUUGUUGAUGCUGAUUUUGCAAACUACAAGCGCAAGUCCCCUCUGUCCUCCAUGGUCUUUGGAACAAAUGCACUCUUCACAAAGCCUGCCCAGUCCCUGGCACCUAUGUUUGUUGUCACUAUACUUAAUCAGUAUGGAUAUGAACACUUAACCAACAAGGCUGAUGAGCCAAACCCCAGCUUAUUUUUAGGCCUCCAUGACGCUAUGUUCUAUUUGACCUGUAUCGUUCCUCUCUGUAUAGCCAUUAUACAGAUUAUAUUAUGGAGACCAUAUUCUAUCCGGAGCAGCCAUGUAACCAGUACACACUGAGUGGCUGAAUGCACUGACCUUUUACACUACUAAGCACACCAUACCUGUGAUAUCAUGGGUGCCUUAUAGUUUAUCAUAAAGGCUGUACGGUAAGCAGCUUCCUGCCAUGGACAUUUUGUUGUAGCUCUUUCUCGGACCAAGUUGUUGUUUUACUUGUGGAUAUUCAAGAAUUGCAGACAUUAAUGACACCAAUAUAUAAUUUAUUUUAAAACAAAAGCAGGUCCGUUCCAGCUGACAUUUUGAUCUGUUAAUGGAAGGUUUAUUAUUUUAAAACACUGAAUGAACUAGGCGGUAAAUUAAUUGCGUCAUGUUGUAAGUACCUGGCAUCGAUGAAGGACAUACUUCUGAGUAGGAUACUCCCUGCACUUUGUUUCUGCUAAAAGGUUUUUUGAAAGCUGCUAAUUCCAGUCAAUUAAUUGGCUGCCAUAGCAUUACAUCAAUUCAGAUAGAAAGCCACCACACCAUUGCUGUAUUGUAAACCAUUUGGUCACUUUAAACCCAAUGACAAAAACACAGAGCAUUCUUUUGUUCAGAGCCUUCAAGUGAUCUAUUGGAUCCUAUUGGCAGUGAUGGGGCCCUCACUGUGUACCAAGCACUGAAUGGGGUGUGGGUACUUGGUUAUUCCUCCCUAGAAGAGCCCCUGCUCCUUUUUACAGCUACACAGUAGUCUCCAUUUGCACUAAUUCAAGAAACAUUCAAUUUUUUAUUACAUUAUUAAAAGGAAUACAUGUGUGCAGUUAGAACAAUGUUUUACAACGUUACGUAGACUCAUAUUUUUUAGCAUAUAUUUCUCUAACAUCCAUAAGGGAUAUUGGGGACACAUUAGUACGAUGGGUAUAGACUGGGUCCAAAGGAGC